AUGACCACAAGCGCCCCCGCACAGCAGGAGAUGAGUGACGAGAAGCAUCGCCUCAUGAGGGCCCCGGACAGUCCCGACCGCGUCAUAAUUUCGCCGCAGGGCAAGUACGUCAUCAACGGCACGGAAGUGGUCAUGAUGGGUGGCAACUAUCCAACAGCGCCGCCUUACCUGCCCCCGCUCUCUGUCGUACAGGAGGACGCUAAGUUGAUGGCCGAUGGAGCGAAGAGCAUGAAAUACAAGCCGUCUGCUGCCGCCGACGGCUCCGCGAGGAGGGUCGUCCCAUGCGUCAGGCUCGCCGCCAUGUGGGAGAGCACAAUGCCCGACAUGCCAACGACAAUGCCCGGCACCAUCGACGGCACGUUUGCUAAAAGCUUGGACGAUACCAUCGCCGCAUUCAAGGCGGAGGGCGUAUACGUCUUCCUGGACACCCACGAGGACGCGAUGUGCACCACGAACGGGGGGGAGGGGACGCCGUGGUGGAUAGCCUCGCUGAUGCAGAACAACCGGAACAGGGGCUGCUGCGGCUACCGCUGCUCGUGCUGCUGUUCCAAGGCGUCCUACAUCACCUCCCCUGAACACCCACUCGGGUUCUGUUGCCCUGUCCCCAACUGCGUACUGAAGUGUUCCAACGCAGAUUACAGGACCUUCUCGGGCGACUCGGACCCAUGGAAGGCGUAUUCCGUCGGCGCUGGCGACGGGGAUGCGGCGCGCAUGAACAUUGGCAACGCCAGCAUGCGGCUCAACAACUUCGACAUCGAGUGGGGAAAGUUGGGGAACACGAAGCAGGCAAACAACAUAUGGAACCGCUUUAUCGAGUCGCCCUUCGACCCCGACGACAAAUCGCUCCUGUUCGACCCCUACAUGGUACACGUCAAGCACCUCUGCUCCGUGUGGCAGAAGCACUGGAACGUCGUCGGGGUGGGCCUCUGGAACGAGCCCGCCUGCUCUGGGUAUUCGCCCUUCGAGUUCCCGAAGAUCCCCUGCACAAUCAAGCGCACCUACAGAUUCUACGAGGCCGUGCUCGUGGAGCUCGACGCGGCGGGCAUCCAGACUCCCGUGACCCUGGAGGAGCUGCCCACCGGCGGCCUGAAGAACAUGACGUGUUUCACGAAGAUGGUGGGCUGCUGCCCGAUGCACUCGUCCACGAGCAGCUUGCUCAAGCAGUGGGCGCAAAAGGGCCAGCUGAUCCUCCAGUUCCACUACUACCCCGGCCAGUGCAUGGUCUCGGGGGUGUCCGCCGCCGUGGCGAAGGCGAAGGAGCGGGCCGCGGAGCUCGGCGACGGCGUGCCCGUCAUGCUGGGCGAGUUCUGGCCGGGGACCGGGACGGAGGCGGAGGCCCAGGGCGGCGCAGAGGUCCUGGCCGAGUUCGCGAGUGCGGGGUGCGACGCCUCGAUGUACUGGCUGUACACCAACACCACCUACACGGACGGCAACCCGGGCUGGUACAAGUACACGGCAGCCGUGCAGGCUGCAGGCGGCCCCGUCAGCAGCACCUCGCGCGACAUCAAUCUGGACGUUUGGCCGGAGUACGAGAAGACGGUCCGUGACGGCACUUCGUGGGGAGCGCACAUCACCGGGGAGGGAACGGGCGUCAUGGGGGUCCUUGAGUUGGUGCCUGCGGCUGCGUAG